GCGGCUGCUGUCAUGACACUGAAAGAAACCGUAUUCCUGGAGAAACAGAAAGCCAUCGAAGACUUGAAGAACGACAUGGACUACGAGAGGCGGGAAUCUGCGGCCAGAAACGAGGAGCGACUCAGCCAAAUUCUGAACCAGCAUUCCUGUGAAAUAGCAGAGAAGAACGAGGAGAUUAUGAGACUGGAAGACUUGAUGCAGAGACUAGAGAACCAGAUGCAGGCAGAGAUCGAUAUGCAGGUGCGCGAGGCAGUACAUAAUGAGAGGGCCCUCGCUGAACAAGAGAACGAUCAUAGAGCGCGACUUGAACAGGAGGAGAGAACUCAUAGGGAAUGUGAACUGACAACUCAGAUUCAGAGAGAGAAACAGCUCAAUCAAGCACUGCAAGGGGAGAUAACGAAUUAUAAGAAAGAGCUGGAAGAACAAAGACGACAACAAAGAGAAGCGAACAAAGAGAAGCUGCUGGCCGUGUCUAGAACAAAGGAACAAAUGAAGCAACAAAGCAGUGCGGAGAUUGAGCGGAUUAAAUUUAAUCUGAGUCAGGACCACGAAGAGACCACCAACCACCUAAGAGAACAGCUACGUUACCAGGAGGCCGAGCUGAUCUCACUCAACACGGAGAAGGAGGCGGCAGUAGAGAGGGAGAGGAAACUUCUCCAGCUUAUAUUGAAAGUAUAA